UGUGUGGACUCCGGCAUGAAUUUAGGGGACUUGCAGCGGCUUGGAGCUGUUUUGGCUCCGCUUCGACUCCGUUUGCCGCCGCCGCGAAUUAUGCGGGACGUUGUGUGCAUCGUCUACAAUCUGGCUGGAGAAGUUAUUCACACCGGAACAUCUCCAAGCGUCGAGCAGGCUUUGCAGAAAGCUCAGGCUGCAUGCAGCGGCGUAGCUCUUGUCCCAUAUGCAAGGCCCUUCGAAUUGAGCGCACAUCAGUGGUUGCUGGAGUUGCAGGCCAGCAACCCCAGCGGCGUGAUUGACUUACUUGCCAUCCGCAUGAAGAAAAGAAUGACGAGCACCUAUGAGUGCCUCGUCAAAAGAGGGUUGCAGUGGCCAACGUACGUUGUCAGGAUUGGCGACGCAAUCCUGGCAUGGCAGGGCACGGGCUACACGACUUGGGGCUGCGAACGUUGCGGUGGUAAGGCUGUCAAUAUUGUCCGAUGGCUGACGUUGGGUAGUAAGGUUUUUGCCAACCGCGGUGCUUGGGUUGCCCUCCAAAUUGACGGCACCGUGCUUUGUUGGGGGCUUCCCGAAGCCGGAGGCAACAUACCACCAAGCAUAAAGCAGCAAUUGUGGGGCAUCAAAGAUAUCCAGCAAACAGAGUUCGCCUUCGCAGCGCUAAGAAUAGAUGGCGUGGUUCUCACCUGGGGCCGACAUGACCGUGGAGGCCGGAUGGGGAAGAAGCUUCAAGAGCAACUGCGCCAUGUACUUUUCAUUUCGGCCAGCGACAAGUAUUUCGCCGCUGCAACACGGGAUGCAGUCGUGAUGUGGAAAGAUGAAAAUCAUGUACAGUGGUUCCAAGGAGUCAGAGCUAGCAAGCUGGUGCCAACGACGAGUGCCUUUGCUGCCAUGUGCAACAACGAUGACGGCAGCGAAAAGGUCGUAAUACUGGGAGAUGCUGGUUGCCACUGGGGCGACCGUGCCGGGCAACAUGAAGUGCUCAAUGCAGUUGAUGUGCUGACUACUCACGAUGCCUUUGCCAUCAUCACCGCGGAAGGCAUCGAGACACUUGGCCGGAAGGCCAUGGGGGGAGAAUGCCCCAACGAAGUGAAGCAAAGGUUGACAUCGAUGUCCAGGCCUUGCAGAAUCCUCUCGAAUCCCUUUGCUUUUACUAUUGCCGGCAGAAACCAUCAAACCGGCAAUCUCUCUCUAGAAACCUGGGGGCACCAGGACUAUGGCGGUGACAGCAGACAAGUCCGAAACGUUCUCAGCAACGUGCAGAGCAUCGAUCUUUGUGAGAAUACCUGUGGUGCAUUUGCAGUCAUAGUGGUUGUCAACGGGGCCCGGCAGCUGGUGACGUGGGGUCACCAAGAUUUCGGUGGAAACUGGCGAACUGCUUUGGAUGCAGUGUCCAAGGCAGAUCAGGUUGACGAGGGACAACUUUCAAGAAUGUUGGCCGAAGCAGCUGCUCUCCAUGCCAACUCAGAAAGCUUUUGUGUGGUCCUGGGUGAUGGCACUGUGUGGUGUUGGGGAAGCUCAUUGUGCACAAAAGGCUUCGCCAAUGCCAAGCAGCGGAUCGACGAAGAGGGUGCGGUAGAGGUCCUAAGUUCUGCAAAGGCUUUUACAGUUGUCACUAGCAAAGGCAGCCGAAUUUCUUGGGGCGAUGAGCAAAGCGGAGCCCAGUACUAG